UAUUCCACUAGUGACAGCAAAGGUGUUUUGCACGCAUAAGCAGCUGUUUGUUUGCUGAAACUGAGUAGAUUCAUCUUCUCCAGCCGGGGGGAAAAAAAAACAGCAGAUUGUCCAACAUGUCAAGCUCGGGAGUCUAUGAUUAUGAGAACUACACUAUUUCAUUUUUGACUGCCUCACCAUGUAAAAGUUCUCUGGAUGAUGUAAACAGCACUGGGAUUGUGCUUGGCUACAUCGUGGUGUUCUUCUUUGGUCUCAUGGGGAAUAGUGUGGUGAUGAUUGCUGUGUGGACCAUGAAGACACACAGGACAUCGACUGACAUCUACCUGAUGCACCUGGCAAUCGCUGACCUGCUGUUCUCGCUCACGCUGCCCUUCUGGGCUGUCUACAUCCAUGAAUCGAAUUGGAUUUUUGGCACUUUUCUGUGCAAGUUGCUCUCAGGUGUCCAGGAGAUGGCAUUCUACAGCUGCGUCUUCCUGCUGGCAUGCAUUAGCAUCGACCGCUACAUGGCCAUCGUCAAAGCCACUCAAUUCCUCUCAAAGCAGCACCAUGUGGUGAGGAUAGUGUGUUUUUCAGUGUGGCUAGGGGCCACUGUGCUGUCCAUUCCCAUCAUCGUUCAGCGAGAAGCACUGCAAAUAAACGGCUUUACGUUUUGCUACGAGAACAACACUGCAGAGAUAGUGGAUAGUUGGCGUUUGGGAUUGCGAAUUGUCCAUCACGUCCUUGGCUUUUUCUUUCCUCUUUUAGUCAUGCUGUUCUGCUAUGGCUACACGGUUGGAACCCUUUUUCGCUCACGUAAUAGCCAAAAACACAAAGCAAUGAGAGUGAUCUUGUGUGUGGUGCUGGCUUUUUUCAUCUGCUGGCUACCUAAUAAUGUGGCUGAGUUCGUGGACACGCUGAUGCGAGGUGGACUUAUUGAAGACACAUGCCAGAAUCGAGAUAAUCUGGCAAUGGUCAUGUAUUCCACUCAGGCUUUGGCCUUUGUGCACUGUGCCAUCAAUCCCAUCCUCUACGCCUUUGUUGGCAAGAAGUUCAGGAACCAUUUGCUGUCUUUGCUCUUCAAAAAGGGACUUGUGGCCAGGGAAGUGCUCAUGCGCUACCGUGCUGGCUCAGUGUAUAGCUCAGGCAGCACCAGACACACUUCCGUGAUGUAAUGUAAUACAAUGGUGAUGUAAUACAAUGGUAAUAAUGCCUC